ACAAGAUGUGUUACAGGAGUGACCUUCACGAUGACUAGGUGACAUCUCCCCCAUAUUUGUCGUUCAAUAUUUCUGUAUUACGGAUCACCACACGACCAUUUCUUUCUGCAACUUUUUCUUUUCCAUACAUUUCUCUCUAGUCAUAAUCUCAACACAACCCCUUCAUUUGUAUAUUUUUUUCUUCUAUCUAUUGGGUUUUGUUUCUUUGUUGCUAACUAACCAGAAGGUGGUGGUUUGCCACCUUUGAUGUCUUUGACUAUUGGAGUGAUCUCCAAUGGAUUCUGAUCGUGACAUAUCCAGUGAUCAUGAAGAUGGCAAUGAAAGAAAGACAAACAUUAGUGAUCAUGAAGAUGCAGGCAAUGAAAGAAAGACUAACAUUAGUAGACACAUGAGUGAAAGUUCUAUUGCUGCCACCGAAGACGAAGACGAUGACGCUGAGAGGAAGAUUGAUUUGGGUCCUCAGUUCACUUUGAAAGAACAACUUGAAAAGGAUAAGGAUGAUGAGAGCUUGAGGAAAUGGAAGGAGCAGCUCCUUGGAAGUAUCGACAUGAGUUCCGUUGGAGAAACUUUGGAGCCAGAAGUGAAGUUUCUCAGUCUGGCGAUAAAAUCGGAAGGUAGAGAGGAUAUGAUUCUACCUGUACCAGAGACAGGAAAUCCAAACGGUUUAUGGUUUACAUUGAAAGAGGGUUGUCGUUAUAGGUUGAUGUUCACAUUCCAAGUAAACCAUAAUAUUGUUUCUGGUCUUAAAUACACCAACACUGUUUGGAAAACUGGCCUCAAAGUUGACAGCACUAAGGAGAUGAUUGGAACAUUCAGCCCUCAAGCGGAACCUUACACGCAUGAAAUGCCAGAAGAUACAACACCAUCUGGGUUAUUUGCCAGAGGGACAUAUUCUGCUAGAACUAAGUUUGUUGACGAUGACAAAAAGUCUUACUUGGAUAUCAACUACACUUUUGAUAUUAGGAAGGAUUGGCUUUAGUUUGUGGAUGGAUUUUGCUAAAUUGCUUUUCAGUUGUUUAUUUAUUUCUAAUUAUGUAUGAGACCAGAAAUCUUAACAAUCAUCACAGAGUUUAGGAAGAAAUCAAAUUGAUAUUGAUUUGGCAUAUAAUUGUCAAUAAAAUUGAAUUUGACUCUGUGCUCUAAGUUACUUCUCAGUCUUGCUCAUUGUAAUUAUUCUAGUAAUAAUAAGUAGUUUUUCUUAA